ACACCUGCCCGCCCGCCGUAGCCACCGGAGACGCUGCGACCGCUCUGCUUCGAUUCUCUGAAGAUGGCUGCACAGUCAGCACCGAAGGUCGUGCUAAAGAGCACCACCAAGAUGUCUCUGAACGAGCGCUUCACUAACAUGCUGAAGAACAAACAGCCGAUGCCGGUGAAUAUUCGGGCCACCAUGCAGCAGCAGCAGCUGGCCAGCGCCAGAAACAGACGCCUGGCCCAGCAGAUGGAGAACAGACCGUCUGUCCAGGCUGCUCUGAAGCUCAAACAGAGAAAUGUCUCAUCCCGGGGUUCGGGAGCUGCCGAGUGCUUCACCUCACAGUCCCACCUCCAGCCCUUAAAACCCCACCCCAGCUCCACCCUCCCUCAGCUGCGAGGAAAACAGAGGAGCGGCGGGAGGGGGAUCGCCCCCCGGAUGGGGCUGCGGAGAGGAGGGCUCAGGGGCCGUGGAGGGCCAGGAAGAGGUGGCCUGGGCCGAGGGGCCAUGGGCCGAGGGGGGCUCGGAGGCAGAGGUCGCGGCAUGUCCAGCCGGGGCCGGGGCGGCUUCGGGGGCCGCGGGAGAGGCCGAGGCCGUGGCAGAGGCUCCGCACGGCCAGCCCUGACCAAGGAGCAGCUGGACAACCAGCUGGACGCCUACAUGUCCAAGACCAAGGGACACCUAGACGCCGAGCUGGACGCCUACAUGGCACAGACUGAUCCCGAGGCCACCGACUGAGGGGCCAGGACUGCCCACGGAGCUUGUGCUGUGCUGGGAGAGCCCUUCUCCAUUCCCCAUGGAGAAUUCAGACUUAGUGUGUUCUUCGAUGUUUUGAUACUCUCUCUGUUGUAUUAAACUUUUUUUUGGAUUGUUU